AAAAAAAAAUAUCGAAGUCCCGAUUGUCUGUAUGAACAAAUCAAGAUUCAAGACCAUCGCUCUCGUCAUUCUCACACUUGAAACACGAAGAAGUCCUGUGUGAUUCUCAUACUAGCUUCUCGAAGGUUCUUCCGCCAUGGGAGCUACCAGAAAGCUUCAAGGAGAGAUCGAUCGCGUCCUCAAGAAGGUUCAGGAAGGCGUCGAGGUCUUCGAUAGCAUCUGGAACAAGGUUUACGACACAGAUAAUGCUAACCAAAAGGAGAAGUUUGAGGCGGAUUUGAAGAAGGAGAUCAAGAAAUUGCAGAGAUAUAGAGAUCAGAUCAAAACAUGGAUUCAGUCAAGCGAGAUCAAGGAUAAAAAGGUCAGUGCUUCCUAUGAGCAGGCCCUGGUGGAUGCCCGCAAACUUAUUGAGCGCGAAAUGGAAAGGUUUAAAAUAUGCGAGAAAGAAACUAAGACAAAGGCAUUCUCUAAAGAGGGUUUGGGUCAGCAACCAAAAACGGAUCCAAAGGAGAAGGCAAAGUCCGAGACAAGAGAAUGGUUAAACUCUGUGGUUGGGGAGUUGGAGCAACAGAUUGAUAGUUUUGAAGCAGAACUUGAAGGACUGACUGUUAAGAAAGGGAAGACAAGACCUCCUAGAUUGACACAUUUGGAGACAUCCAUAACUAGACACAAGGCUCAUAUAAUGAAGCUAGAGUUGAUCUUGAGGCUUCUCGAUAACGACGAGUUGAGUCCCGAACAAGUUAAUGAUAUCAAAGAUUUUUUGGACGACUAUGUGGAGCGCAAUCAGGAUGAUUUUGAUGAAUUUAGCGAUGUUGAUGAGCUAUACAGCUCAUUGCCGUUAGACAAGGUGGAAUCUCUUGAAGAUUUGGUGACCACUGGCCCUCUUGUCAAGGGUACACCAAUUAGCUCGAAGAAUUCUUUGGCAGCAUCAGCUUCUAUUACACCUAGCACUGUUACCUCUACCCGACUGCAGAGUACGUUCCUGGAGCAGACUGAAGAUAAAGCUUCGACUGUUAAUUCUGACUCAAUUCCAAAAACUCCUCUGUCCAAAAUUAGUACAGCAGCAGCUUCACAAGCUAAUGAGGCUCAGGCCACUCCUAUAUCUGUUAAUGUUCCUUCUCAAAGUCUGACUGUGACAACAAAAUUUACGGAGAACUCUGUAAAUUCCCUUUCUCCUGUAAGCCCAUCAAUAGCUAAGGGAGAAGAUGUGGCCAGCUUGCCUGGUAGGAGAUUAUCCCCAUCCCUUGUGAGAAACAGUAUCUCCAUCCAAUCGCCUUCACCAAUCCCUCUAUCUCCAGGUGGAGGUCCUAGUGGUGGAGCUCAUAGUGGAGUUCCAUUGGCCUCUGAAACCGCUAAAAGAAAUACUUUAGAAAUUGACAGCAGACUUGGUAAUAAUACCUCAGGACAACCACCAAUGUCACCACUAAGUAACAGAAUGAUGUUGCCUCAUGCCGCCAAAAGCAAUGACGUAACCAGCGUGAUUGAUGUUAAUCAGAGCGAGGCUAGUGUUAUAGCCGGAAGAGCCUUUUCACCUUCCACGAUAUCUGGGAUGCAGUGGAGACCUGGGAGUCCCUUCCAAAAUCAGAGCGAAACAGGCCAGUUCCCUGGAAGGCCUGAAAUAGUACCUGAUCAGAAGGAGAUAUUUUUGCAUCGGUUACAGCAAGUUCAACAGCAAAGUCACGGUAAUCUCCUUGGCAUGUCUCAUCUUACUGGAGGAAAUAGUAAGCCAAUGUCUACCCAACAGCAAAACCCGCUCUUGCAGCAAGGUUCGUCCAUGACACCUCAGGGUGGUCCAGGAUCCAGAGUUCAGUUAUCUGGUCUGACUAAUAAUAUUGGUCUCCAACAGCAGUCAAGUUUCAUGCAAGAACAACUUAGUCAGCAACUGAUGUCAGAUAUAGGGACAUUGAAACAUGAGGAGAUGCAGCAGAACUUACAUCAAGAUCCAAUUCCAGAACCUGCCUCUAAGACCAUUGAAGCUGAUCUAAAACCUCGACCUAUCUCUCCUGUGUCGCCCCCUGAGCCUGCUAGAGCUGUUGAGUUCUCUCCGGGAGAACCCAUACAGCCGAAUCAAGUAUCAGGUAACCUCGGUGCCAUUGGUCGCAGAAGCGCAGCUGAUCUUGGUGCAAUUGGUGAUGGCACAAGUGCAUCACCUGUCAACUCUGGUGAAAUUCAUGACCGAAGAUUCAGAUAUCAGAUGCUUGAGGCUGCUCUUAAGCGACUUCCCCUUCCAAAAGAUUCUGAACGCCCCAGGCAAUAUAGCCCGAGACGACCUGCAGCAACCCCUCCGAGCUAUCCUCAAGUCCAGGCACCGAUCAUUAACAACCCGAUGUUCUGGGAAAGGCUCAGCAACGACACUCUCUUCUUUGCGUUUUACCAUCAACAGAAUACCUACCAGCAAUAUUUGGCGGCGAAAGAGCUGAAGAAACAAGCUUGGAGAUUCCACAAAAAACUCAACACAUGGUUUCAACGUCACGACGAACCAAAGAUCGCAACCGAUGAGUACGAGCAAGGCGCUUACGUAUUCUUCGACUACAACGUAGACAAAGAUGGGCAACAUGGAUGGUGCUCGAUGAUCAAACAUGAUUUCGCUUUCGAGUAUCAGUACCUCGAGGACGAACUCGGUGCAUAAGUUCGAGACCGAUGCUCUAGUUAGGUAUGUAUAUAUACAUGACAUGAUGAAUGAUCUGUAACUUUAUGUGGAGUUCAGUUUGUAUAUUUAUUGGGAAGAUGUGUAAUUGGGCUUGACUUCGCUAGUUCAUGUAAGUUGAAAACAUAUGUCGGGUCUAUGUGCAUAUGUAUAUAUGUAUGUCUAUGUACCAAACAUCUGCCAAUGAAAUGUGUGUUAUUUUAGUUU